GUCACUACCGCUUUAGAAAAGUGGUGGGGAAACGGAAGAAUACACAGCACCGACACCAGCAGUGCGAACGAACCGCACACGUUUAGCCAUAUUAUUGAGUGGAGUGGGAUCUUCAGUUUUUCGUAAUUUAUAUUUUAUAUGAUUUGUAUAUUGUAUUUGCCAGAGUGUAUUUAAGUUCUGCAGAAAUGUCGAAGCGUCGAAUUGAAGUCGUCGAUCCGUACGUGAAGAAAAGAAGUAUCGACCGUGAUGCGGAAAAGGAUAAUACCAAAUCUAAUGAUUCCUUAACCAAGAUAUCACCACUUGGUACACCUUUAUCAUCGUAUCCACCACCAAAACUGCAAAUCAAUCCAUUUACUGGAUUACCAUAUACUCCAAGAUAUCAAGAAUUCUUAAGAAAACGAAUCACAUUGCCAGUAUGGGAGUAUCGGACUCAAUUCAUGCAACUGUUAGAUGAAAAUCAGUGUAUAGUACUAGUAGGAGAAACUGGGUCUGGGAAGACAACCCAAAUUCCACAAUGGUGUGUGGAAUUUUCACGAUCAAAAGGAAAAAGAGGUGUUGCUUGCACACAACCUCGUCGAGUGGCAGCCAUGUCAGUGGCUCAGAGAGUUUCGGAAGAAAUGGAUGUGUGUUUAGGACAAGAAGUCGGAUACAGCAUUAGGUUUGAAGAUUGUUCUUCACCCAAAACUCUACUCAAGUACAUGACUGAUGGUAUGUUGCUUCGAGAAGGCAUGUCUGAUCCAAUGCUGGAGAAUUACCAAGUCAUUUUGCUUGACGAAGCUCAUGAAAGAACUCUAGCUACAGAUAUCCUUAUGGGUGUGCUAAAGGAAGUGAUAAAGCAGAGAUUUGAUUUAAAAUUAGUUAUUAUGUCUGCUACUCUUGAUGCUGGCAAAUUUCAGCAAUAUUUUGAUAAUGCCCCACUAAUGAAUGUACCUGGCAGAACACAUCCUGUGGAAAUAUUCUAUACUCCUGAGCCAGAAAGAGAUUACCUUGAAGCGGCAAUUCGAACAGUGAUUCAAAUUCACAUGUGUGAGGAAAUUGCUGGAGAUGUUCUAUUGUUCCUAACUGGGCAAGAGGAAAUAGAAGAAGCUUGUAAAAGAAUAAAGAGGGAAAUUGAUAAUCUAGGCCCAGAAGUUGGUGAACUUAAGUGCAUUCCUUUAUAUUCAACUCUGCCUCCAAAUCUUCAGCAGCGCAUCUUUGAACCUGCACCUCCGAACAAACACAAUGGUGCCAUUGGUCGCAAAGUGUACAAUCCCCGCAUUAGAGUCGAGUCCCUUUUAGUGUCUCCCAUUAGUAAAGCCUCAGCACAACAAAGAGCUGGUCGUGCUGGACGAACAAGACCUGGUAAAUGUUUCCGGCUGUAUACAGAAAAGGCAUUCAAACAAGAAAUGCAGGACAAUACCUACCCAGAAAUUUUACGAUCAAAUCUUGGAUCAGUCGUGUUACAACUUAAAAAGCUUGGCAUUGAUGAUUUAGUUCAUUUUGACUUCAUGGACCCUCCAGCCCCGGAAACUUUGAUGAGAGCAUUGGAGCUAUUAAAUUAUUUAGCAGCACUGGAUGAUGAUGGAAAUUUGACAGAUCUUGGUGCUGUUAUGGCAGAAUUUCCUCUGGAUCCUCAGUUAGCAAAAAUGUUGAUUGCCAAACAUGCUAAAAGCAGCGACAAGUUAGAAUCUUUUGCAGAAGUAGUGGUUGAAACAGAUUCACUGGCAUUUGCUGCUAGUGCGAUGUGUGUGGACGCAACUAAAUUGGUUGGAUGCGGGCUCCCCCCUCUCCUCCACUGUUUAGUCCCACAGUGCUUUGUGCGGCCCAACGAGGCCAAGAAGGCUGCAGACGAUGCCAAGAUGAGGUUCGCGCACAUCGAUGGCGAUCACCUUACCCUGCUCAAUGUGUACCAUGCGUUUAAACAGAAUACGGAGGAUCCCCAGUGGUGUUAUGACAAUUUUGUCAACUACCGAUCACUGAAAUCUGGCGAUAAUGUAAGGCAGCAGUUGUCACGAAUUAUGGAUCGCUUUAGUUUGAAGAGGACAUCUACAGAAUUCACUUCUAAGGAUUACUACAUCAACAUCAGGAAAGCUCUAGUGUCAGGAUUUUUUAUGCAGGUUGCACACUUAGAACGGACUGGUCACUACCUCACCAUUAAAGAUAACCAGGUUGUACAACUACAUCCGUCUACGUGUUUAGAUCAUAAACCAGAAUGGGUGAUAUACAACGAAUUUGUGUUGACAACUAAAAAUUACAUCAGGACAGUCACAGACAUAAAACCGGAAUGGCUGUUGAAAAUAGCUCCACAGUAUUAUGAUCUAAAUAAUUUCCCUCAGUGUGAAGCUAAGAGACAACUAGAAUUACUUCAAGCUAAAAUGGAAACGAGACAAUACCAAGAAGGAUUCUGAUACUAUUCACAAGGCUAGUUAAAUCCAUUUAUACUAAAACAUAGUACUGUGCAAAAACACUUUACGGGAUGGCAUUAAGUUGAUUAGUUUGAAUCAUACUGGUGGAGCAAAUGUGUUGUGCAUUUUUGAGAGUGCAAUUUGAUAGGAUACUUAAGUUAUUACAUUCCCAGGAAAGUACUACAAUUCUUGGAAACAGUGAUUUGUGUUUUUUAGUAUGGUCUGGAAACAAAUCUUGAAAGUUGUGUACUUGCAGUUUGGGUAUUCCCCUACACAAACUUCACGAUUACUGAGAAGAAAAAUUUUGUAGCAGUUUUCUAAUAUUUUGUUUCAAAAGGCUUCACCUAGUAUUUUAUACUUGCCAUUGCAUUGUGCUUUUUUCUUUUUGUUUUGCUUUUCAUGUAGGUAGUCUGAAAUGAAUUUACCACCAAGUGGAUCAGAUAUUGAACUGUGGUUGGUAGGGAAUUCUUUUUCAGCUUAAUUCAAACUCAAAAUAGUUUUGUCACAGAUGAUUUGUAAUGUAUAUACAGUACAAAAUAUGUUCUCCUGUUUUAAGGACAUUUUUCAGCAUAUAUGAUUAAUUCUAAACAAAUAUUAGAUGUAUAUUGUUUUUCAUGGUAAUGUUUGCAAUCUAGAGAAUAAAACUAAAAUAAUCUUAUAUAUACUUUUGUUUUAUUUUGAAUAGAAUUUGUCUUUUCAUUUCAUUACUGAACCUUUUAAUAGUUUAAAAUUUCCCACAUGCUGACCAUUUUUGAAUGGUCAGCCCAGGGGAUUGAUAUUUCAAUUAUGUUCAAAUAGAAGUGAUUACUCAAGUUUCAGAAAUUGUAUUGUCCAAAGAAAAGUAUUGAGGUUUAUCAAUAUGCUUAAAAACAUUUUUUAAAUUAUAAUUUGGAGAGCAUUUUGAAGAUUCUUGGUACUUAAGUUACAAUAAUUUCUGAUUUUUUUUUCUCUCCCAAAUUUUGGUUGAAUUAUAAUUUUUAUGCAGUUAUAUUGAAAUAUUUGUUCCGAGUAAGAAAAUUGAUGUAAUGAAUGUUGUUAAGUGGAAUUUUGUAUUAAACUUCAGUUUUGUUAAAAAACAAUCAGAUUAAAGAUUAGAAUUCAGUAAAUAAACAUGAGGAAAGUUGGUUUAUUUCACCACCAAGUCAUGACAUACAAUGUUUCAGUGAUUCUAUUCAUAGUCAUCUUUGGCGAAAAUUAAAUUUAAUAAAUAUUAAAAAUGAACUUGAUGAGAAUGUUGGGGACGAUUGUCAUACGUGCUUACCCGAUUUCUUCUUCAUUCAUACUAAUCGAGUUAAUUUUUUAAGUAUUUAAAACAUUGUAAAGAUGAGUCAAAAAUACUGAGAACUCAAAAUUUGUGUUAUUAUUUAUUUUGUAUACAAAUGAAAAACUAGAAAGUAGUUUUCAAAUUACCCCAUUCAAAUAUGAGUCAAAUUAUUUUAUGGGCUUUUAUCAACUAGCUGAAGGUAUAAACACUUGCCUGAAACUUCUGUAAUAUUAUAAUUGAGAAUGUCACUAUUGAGUAUAAAAUUGUAUUGAGUGAUUUAAAUAAAAAAUAUAUUAUAUAUUAUAUAUAUAUAUAUAUAUAUAUAUAUAAUAUUCAUAUAUAUAUUAAUUUAAAUCAAUAUUUAUUUGUAAUAUUUGAAAAUAUAUUUGUAUUAAAUAUCAUGAUUCUCUACAUUAUAUUUAAAUAUUUGUAAAAUAAAAAUUACUUGGUUUAAAGUAUUUAACUGCCUAACAUUAUUACAAGUAGUGGCGGAUUUUAAUGAAAUGUAAUAUUUUUUCUUUGUGCUUUAGGACAAUGCUAUUAAGUAUAGAAAGUUUUUAUGUUAUGACGAAACAAAAUUACCCAUUUUAUGUCAUUUUUGUCGAUUUAGACUAAUAAGUCAUUUUUUUACUUUUUCGUCAUUUUUAAUGCACUUUUCGCUGAUUUCAUUGUUUUAAUAUCAUUUUAAUGGUACUUGCUUCAAACAAUAUUUACGAGGUGCCACAAAUGUUAACCUUUGAAUUCUUGAGUAGCCUAUUAAAUUUCUUCACUCAUAUCUUGUAAUGUCACCUGUUGUGAGUACUAUGCAAUCUAAGGUUCCUGUGAUGCCUAUUGUCAGUUCAGUUGUUUUUGUGAUAAAUAAAGGCAGAGAUUUUCUUUAAGGAAGAAAACACACACACACACACAAUCAAGUUUGCAGACUGAGUUUAUUUUAACAAAAGGAAGAAGCCUGGAUUACAUCAGUAACACCCAAUAGCUUGAGUAGUUGAUUUGAAGUGUUUUUAUUCAUUGUUUCUUCCGUCAUUGUUCUUUAUUUUUACGGCAUUUUAAGAGCAUUUAAUGAUCAUUUUUGGCAAUCUCUUAGGUCAUCAAAAUCCACUCCUAGUUACAGGUUUUUCUAUGAGUUCCGUUGGUUUUCAAUAAUAAGUGCUUUUUAAUUAGGGCAGAAUUGCACAAAAGAGAUGGUAAAAUUUGUUUGAACGAAAAAUGCCUUUUUUUUCUAAAUCGUACUAAUAGAUGGUGCCACAAGCCUAUUCAGUAAUGGGGACGCAAUUGGGGUGGCAUUGCUCCAGCCUCUUCAAAGAGAUAGUAUUUUCAUUUUUUAUAAAAUUACAAAACUUUAAUGAUGAAAAAUAAUUUAAUAAAAACUGGUGGCAUAAACUUUUUUCUGCUUUUUUAGUAAUUAAGGAUAAAUAAAUCACUUAACGAUUUUGGUUUAAAGUAAAAUAUCAAUUUUAAAACAUCUUAUUUGAAUAAAAAAUGAUUUAAACCUAAAUAAUCUGAUUUAUUUGUUCAUUUCAAACGCUUUGUUAAUAUCAAAAAUUAAGAUUGGAUAACUUCUCAUAAUUUCAUUUGUGUGUGUGUGUGUUUUUAAGUUGAAGAUACCUAUACAUCGUAGUGGUGUAAUAUUGUUUCCAGCAGUUUUUCUGUUAAAUUGUAUUCGUUUUCUUACACAAAGAAUAUUUGGCAGGCAUGUUUUUUUGCAUGGUUUUCCUUAAAAUAUUCCGAAACCACUAAUUGUAUUUUGUAACGUUAUAAAUGAAGUAAUAUUUGUUGAUUUUUGUUUUUCUGCAAGUUAAUAGAUCCUUAAAGAUUUAAUUAUUAAUCUUGCUGUUUUAUUUCCUUUGACUCUAGUGAUUGUGGAUUUUUAAGUGAUUAACACUAAUAAAUUUAUUGUAAUCUGUCUUAAGAGUCCCUGUUUUAUCAAAAAACACUACAUAUUUUGUAUAUAUCUUCUCUUUUUUAUGUCAUUGUUUGUAAACCGGUGCUUUGUGGGCUUCAGGAAACAUGAGUUAUCCAGUGAAUCCAGUGAAAGUUUGUUUAAUUAAAAUAUUUGUUCUUAAAUAUGUAGCUUAUGAUUUUGCCCAAGUUUGUGCCCAUACCUACUUAUAAAAUAUCUCUAGAUCAUAAUUUACUUGUUGAUAAUGUAAGUUUAAUAUUAAUGCUGAUUAAUUUUUGUAUAAAACAUUUUCUCCGUUAUAUCAAUACUUGCCUAUUUUUUCUCUAUUAGCACACUGAAAAUUCAAAUUGUUUUAUUCAUUUUGCAACUUUGCAUGUAUCUCACAAGUGAUGUUCUCUGUAUUGUUUGAUAUAUUUUAAAUUUGAAUAUUGUUUUUAAUAUUUGUUUAGUGAAUAUAUAUAGUGAUUUGUAUGUUAUGGAAUGUUACACAAUUUGAUCCUUUUAGUACAAGACUUAGCAUUUAUGUACGUUGAUGCUCUGAACAAAACAAGCUUCAAAUUUUCCUGUGCAUUUCCUGUUAAUGUGUAUAUUUUUCUAUUAUAUUAGUUUAUGUAUAAUUUUUAUCUCGUAGAUUUGCGGAAUUGCCAUUGAGAAAUGCAUUAAUUUGGAACAAACGUAUACUGGAGAGAAUGUAGAAUUAUGACUUGUAAUCCAUUUAUUAAAACAAGUGUAUUAGGAGUAAAAAGUGUUUUUUCUUUAAUUUGUUGUAAAUAGUUAAUCAGUUUUUCAUUGCUCUUGCAAUGGAUGGUUUUGAGUUGGUGUAUGGGGAGUAGUUAUGAAAAGGUUUUUGUGUUCAGCAUACUUAAUUAAAUUGGAAAAUAAGGGGGUAUCCUAUUUGUAUGCACCUACAUAGUAGAAUUAUGGCAUUCUAUAUUAGUCAGAAACUUGUAUUAGUUUUUUCUUCAAAAUUGUAUUGUUUAAAUUGCCUAAUAAUUUCAGAAUACUAUUUGACCCAAUUGUAAGAUACUAGUGGAUGUUAUGGUUGUUGGAUCAAAAGGUGGAUAGCUGACAGUUAAGGGGCUGUUACAAAACGCCUUAAGGGACAGGGCUCACAUGUGAUUAAAAUGAAUGAGAGGACAGGAGGUUAAUGAAAAAUUAACUUUAAUCAAUAUUUUUGUAAUAUGUUAUUCAUGAGUGUGUUUUGAAUGUUUAUGAAUGUUCA